AUGGAUACCAACCCUCACCCAAGCAUCCCUCCAAGCCCAAUCCCAUCCAUUCCACCUUCAUAUGUUCCAUCUAUACCACCAUCGGAACCCCCAACUCCACACCCUUCUAUACCACCCAGCAGCACACCGUCUUCUGAUCACCCAAGCAGCACACCUUCAUCACCUCCCUCAUUGCCACCAAGUGAUGUACCCAGUGACGAUCCCACAAGGGACCCCUCAAUGCCACCAUCAGUUUAUCCUACCCCAAACCCGUCGGAUAUUCCCAGUGAGCCACCCUCCUCACCACCAAGUGAGCCUCCUACUGGAAAGCCAACCCCAAUCCCAUCAGAAACUCCAUCCAGCCCACCAACACCAAUCCCAUCAGAGACCCCUUCAACACCUCCCACCCCAAGCCCAAGUGAGACUCCUUCAGAGAUACCAACAACUGAUCCAACCCCAUCCCAUAGGCCCCUCAACUUUGCCAACUCCAAUCCAUCAGAAACUCCCUCAGAAGAGCCUUCGAAGUUUCCUUCGAUUCCACCUACAACCCAACCAACCCCCAUCCCAAGUGAAAUCAUCAGGAAAUCCCCUCUGAUACUCCACUACUCCUCAACACAGCCCAGUGAACCCCAAGUGAGUUCCCACAACUGA